AAGGUUUGGUCUCUUCUUCCGGGAUUUUGCACACGACCCACUGAUAUUUGCCAGUCAUUCAAGAGUGUGGCAAGGAUUCUUGGUACAGCUCUUACAGARAGACCUGAUCUUUGCCUUCUUGUUUGCCAAGGACUUAGACUAUUGGUGUCCAAAACAACCCAAGAUGAAGAUAAAACAGAACUUGCUAAGUAUGCCAAGAACUACCUGCCUAUAUUAUUCAACUUGUAUUCUGGAGAAGAGAGUGAGAAAGAACUAGACAAGCUACCAAUAUUAGAAACCAUUAGAACGUACCUGACCAUCACAGACUCGCAGCUUGCUUCAAAGUUCCUCACGAAAGCAAUUGAAAAAAUAACAAACCAAGAAACAGCAGUCUAUACAAGAAACCAAAUGAUGGAUUUGAUCAUCGCUAUGAUUCCUUAUGUGGAAGAGUCCAAUGUCAACAAAUUGUAUAGCAUUGUGGUACCUUAUUUACAGGUACAAGAUAUCACCCAACAAAAGAAAGCCUAUCGUGUUCUGGAACAAAUCUGUAGUUCUGAUUCUAAAGCGUGUGUCAGUUUUGUGUCAAGACACUUAGAAGAACUGAAAGAAAUAUUGCUGAAAACUCUUGCAUCUUCAAGCUCAUCUUCUAAAGCUCCAAGGUUAAGAUGUUUAACUCAAAUUGUAAGAAAGCUUGAUGAAAACCAACAAGACUUCAUCAAAGCCAUUAUACCAGAGGUGAUUCUUUGUACAAAAGAAGUUGCUGUCAAAGCCAGAAAUGCUGCUUUGUCAUUGCUUGUCACAACUUGUCAUGCUUUAUGUAGAUGUAAAGGCAUGACCAAAAAAGAUGGAAUUAUUUUAUACCUUCAACUUGUGAUGGCUGGCCUUGCUGGCUCAACCCACAUGGUUAGUGCUACGAUUAUUUGUAUUUCAAGGAUCGUUUAUGAAUUCAGAGGUGAUGUACCAAGUGAUGUCGUGGAACAGCUUAUUAAGGGUGUGCUUGUAUGUCUUGCAUCAAAAAGCAAAGAAGUUGUGAAAUCUACUCUUGGUUUCUUCAAGGUUGUUAUCUCUGUCAUGAGCCGUGAUGACUUAGCACCUUAUGCUGAAGACUUAGCUAGUGGUAUUGUGAACUGGAAUGACGACAACAGAAGACGUUUCCGAUACAAUGUUAAAGUUUUGUUUGAGAGACUAAUUAGAAAAUUUGGCUAUGCAACAACACUGAAAUGCGUUCCUGAGAAACAUCGCAAGCUUGUGCAAAACAUCCACAAGACAACACAGAGGUUAAAGAGACAAAAGAUGGCACUGAGAGCAAAGAAUAUGGAAGGUAAAGCUCAUGAAAAAAUUGACUCAAUUCAGCAAGAUGAAAGCUAUGAAGACUUGAUGUUUGGCUCUGAAACUGAAGAGGAUGAUUCAAAAUCAAAAACAAAGGGAAGAGAUAACAAGGCUAAGAAAGUGAAUAAACCAAAUCCUAAAACAUGGAUCCGUGAGGGAGCAGAUGAAGAACCAGUUGAUUUCAUGGACUCUAAGGUGGUUCAAAGAGUUGUAGCAACUGACCCARAAGCAGGCAGAAAGCGAAAACUUGAAAAUGAUUUUGAAUUAUCAAAAGAUGGCAAACUUAUCAUCCCAGAUGAUGACGAUGAAGAGGAGGAAGAAGAGACGUCAAGAAAACACAAUAAGAAGCAUGCUUUUGGAAACAUUCCCAUGGAAGAAGAUCUCAUGGAUGAUGAUCUGGCAUUUAAAGCAAAACGCUCCAGACCCAGUAAAGAUGAUGAUGAUGAUGACGAUGAAGUGGAUGUGAAAGAGUCCAAGAGAGAUAACAAAUUUGGAAAUGAAUACAAAGCCAAGCGAGCUGGRGGUGACGUCAAAAGAAAAGGACAACCAGACCCAUAUGCAUACUURCCACUAAAUCGCAGUACUCUCAAUAAAAGAAAACAGCGUAAGGCAGCCGGGCAGUUCCAUAGUCUUGUGCGAGCCACCAAGAAAGGAUCAUCAAGAGUAAAAUCACAGAAAGGAAGACAUAAAUAAUCUUAUGUGAACUCUGUUACUUUAAAACCUGCUCUCAAACAGCACUGAAUUUGUACUUUUAACAUGAGACACUUCAUUAAGAUGAUGGAGUUUCUGAAGCAUCAUAUUUUAUGUACCARUCCUCAAUGAAUAGACAUUGACUUUGUCGGGGUAACUGACUGAAUCCAUCAAGCCUGGGCAAAAGGUAAUAAUAAAGCUAUUUCAAACAGGCUUUCUACUGUGCUCUCAUCAUUGCUGCGCAGAAAAUWAUUGAUUUUUAGUAAUUGAUUCUUAGUAGAGUGAUCACACUUAAUCCGUSCAACUGCACAAACUAAAUAGUGCUAUUUAGUUUUUAAAUUGUGUAUGCGGUACRCAAGUUAAAUCAAAUUGAUACAAAUGAAGCUUUCAAUACCAUCUUCAGGUCCACUUUUAGUACAAAUGAAURCUACUUAGAUUUUGUACAGUUGCACGCUUCAAGUGCAAUCACUCUAAUUUACAAGUAGUAAAUUAAGUAAGUUAAUUUGGAUGUCGGCAAGACGACGGAGUUUAGUCUAUAUUUAGUGGAUAUUUGUCUUCACUUUGAGUUUUUGUAUAUCUAACUCGAGCUUUAGGUCUUAUCUUGUGCAACGUUACUGUAGUAGCAAUUUUAUUUGAAAAUAACAAUGAAGAAGGACUAAAGCUGCAAACCAAGCUCAGAAAACAGUUUGUCUUAAAAAAAUUGUGCAAAGGUUAAGUUUAGUUAAAUUUACAAACUGUCUUAUUAAUUUUGCUUAUGUUUUUAAGAUGUUUUGAGACUUAACUUAGAAAAUUUCUUAAAGAGUUAAUAUCUUUGCUUUCAGGUUUAAAGUUUUUUCAAGAGUUUUUUUUAAAUUGUCAUGGUAAUUAUUUACAUUUAUUUUAUUUUCGUUUAUUUGUUUAUGGUUGUUUACGUUUUAAGGUUUAUAUUGUGCGCGCUUUUUAGAAACCUGUGUAAAGGAAGUUUAGUGUUUAUCCUGCGAAAGGAAAGAAACAUCAGUUAGAAUGUGAUUUGAACCCUUACCUGCAAGCUUGCCUUCUGUCCAGUAGUCUGCUGUCUUGAUCACCAAGCCAUCUAGUGAAUUGCUGGUUCAAACCACUCAACAUCAAAAGUCAUUGUUUGAAUUUGCAUGAAUUGUGACCUGCUAUAAACUUAAGUUUCGAAGCCUGACCAGCAACUUCGACUAGAUGGUUUAGUGGGUUAGUGGUUGGGCUAUGAAUCAGACGGUUAGGAGUUCAAAUCUCGGYUAUAGAUUUCUUUCUUUCGGGAAAAUAAAUUUCAAAAAUUAUAGUUUUA